AACGACAACAGAUGAAAAGAAGGCAACACUAGCUAGCUAAAAUUAGCUAGCCCCACACCAUCAUGUAUUUCUGUUAGCCUGUGGUGUUCGCCAGCCUUGCUGCAGUGGAGCAAAACUGAAUUAGGCACCCAUUCMUAUGGAGAUAGAAGAGACCUGGGCUCAUGAGGAUCGAUGGGCUUUCACUGAGUGGGAUAUCCACCAACGACCGCACCAGGUACCGAAGUACAGAUCACACCAGUACCAACACUGUGAUAAGCCAUGAUCCCCAUCACUGAGCUGCGUUACUUUGUAGACUGCCAGCCGGCCUACCGCAUCCUGAAGCCAUGGUGGGACGUCUUCACCGACUACAUCUCCAUCGUCAUGCUCAUGAUCGCCGUGUUCGGGGGCACUCUGCAGGUCACCCAGGACAAGAUGAUCUGCCUGCCCUGCAAGUGGGUGGUCAACCAGACCUGCAGGAGGUAUUUCAAUGCUACUCUGUCGGCCCCGCUCUUGUUGGAGCCCAAAGGGAUCCAAUACAACCUGGAUCGCCACCAGUACAACUACGUAGACGCUGUGUGCUACGAGAACCGCCUGCACUGGUUUGCCAAGUACUUCCCCUACCUGGUGCUACUGCAUACCCUCAUCUUCCUGGCCUGCAGUAACUUCUGGUUCAAGUUCCCCCGGACUAGCUCCAAACUGGAGCACUUUGUGUCCAUCUUACUCAAGUGUUUUGACUCUCCCUGGACCACCAGGGCUCUGUCUGAGACGGUGGUGGAGGAACGCGACCCCAAGCCCCACAAGAUGAACGGCUCCAUGGAUAAGAAGGCGUCGUUUGUCAGCGAGGACGUGGAGGCCAGCGUCCCCAUGCUCCAAAAGACAAAGUCUCGCCUGGAGCAGGGGAUCGUGGAUCGCACUGAGACAGGCGUACUGGAUAAGAAAGAGGGCGAACAGGCAAAAGCUCUGUUCGAAAAGGUGAAAAAGUUCCGCAUACACGUGGAAGAGGGAGACAUUGUGUACAGGCUCUACAUCCGACAGACUAUUAUCAAAGUCAUUAAGUUCAUUUUUAUUAUCUGCUAUACGGGGUAUUAUGUGCACAAUAUUCAGUUCAGUGUGGACUGUAGUGUGGAUAUAGAGAGCCUCACAGGGUACAGCAUGUAUCGUUGUGCCCAUCCUCUGGCCACGCUGUUUAAGAUCCUAGCCUGCGUCUACAUCAGCUUAGUGGGGGUUUACGGAUUAAUUUGCAUGUACACUCUCUGUUGGAUGCUGCGGCGCUCRCUGAAGAAAUACUCCUUCGAGUCGAUACGAGAGGAGAGCAGUUACAGCGACAUACCGGACGUGAAGAACGACUUUGCUUUCAUGCUGCACAUGAUUGACCAGUACGACCCUCUGUACUCCAAACGCUUUGCUGUCUUCCUGUCCGAGGUGAGCGAGAACAAGCUGCGGCAGCUCAACCUGAACAACGAGUGGACUCUGGACAAACUGAGGCAGAGAAUCACCAAUAACUCCCAGGAGAAGCUGGAGCUGCACCUCUUCAUGCUGAGCGGCAUCCCAGACACAGUGUUUGACCUGAUAGAGCUGGAGGUACUGAAGCUGGAGCUCAUUCCAGACAUCACCAUCCCUCCUAUCAUCGCCCAGCUGGUCAACCUGAAGGAGAUGUGGCUGUACCAUACCCCGGCUAAGAUCGAGGCUCCCGCCUUGGCCUUCCUCAGGGAGAACCUCAAGUCCCUCCACAUCAAGUUCACCGACAUCAAGGAGAUCCCUCUGUGGAUCUACAGCCUGAAGAACCUGAGCGAGCUGCACCUGACGGGGAACCUGAGCGCAGAGAACAACCGAUACAUUGUUAUUGAUGGGCUACGGGAGCUGAAGAGGCUCAAGGUGCUCCGGCUGAAGAGUAACCUGACCAAGCUACCUCAGGUGGUGACGGACGUGGGRGUGCACCUCCAGAAGCUGUCAGUCAACAACGAGGGCACCAAGCUGAUGGUCCUCAACAGCCUGAAGAAGAUGGUGAACCUGACUGAACUGGAGCUGAUCCGCUGUGAUCUGGAACGCAUCCCACACUCCAUCUUCAGCCUGCACAACYUGCAGGAGAUUGACCUCAAGGACAACAACCUGAAGACCAUCGAGGAGAUCAUCAGCUUCCAGCACCUGCACCGGCUGGUCUGCCUUAAACUCUGGUACAACCAGAUCGCCUACAUUCCCAUCCAGAUCGGCACCCUCAACAACAUGGAGAGGCUCUAUCUGAACAGGAACAAGAUCGAUAAGAUCCCCAGCCAGCUGUUCUACUGUCGGAAGCUGCGCUUCCUGGACCUGAGCCACAACAACCUCACCUACAUCCCAGCAGACGUGGGGUACCUGCAGAACCUCCAGUACCUGGUAGUCACUGCUAACAGAAUUGAGACCCUGCCCAACGAGCUGUUCCAGUGUAAAAAGCUUCGUACUCUGAACCUGGGUAACAACUGCCUGACGUCUCUGCCGUCACGCUUCGGGGAGCUGACGGCCCUGACCCAGCUGGAGCUGAGGGGGAAUAGACUGGACUGUCUGCCCGUGGAGCUGGGGGAAUGCAGGCAGUUGAAGAAGACGGGCCUGGUGGUGGAGGAGGACCUCUUCAACACCCUGCCCACCGAGGUGAAGGAGCAGCUGUGGAAGGUGGACAAGGAGACUGCCUGAGUAAAUAGGGGGUUGAAGGAUGGUAACUCAGUCGAAACAGACACAGGCCGGACACCUGGAAGACUGAAGAGGACUAGAGAGGACUACACAGACUCGGACAGCUCGUUAACAGAGCAGCCCCUGCUCACUCUGACUGUAUUCAACUCUACUGCAGGGAUGCUUUUCAAGGGAAUCAAAGUCCCACCGCCAUGCCACUUUUUUUCCCAAACGUAAAAAAAGAUACAAAAAAGUCUGCCGUGGGAUACAGUGUGUGCUUUGAACAAGAUGAUGAGAGAUGUCAGCUCGACUGUGUUGCACGUGAGGAUACAAAAUGCUAAUGCCAUAUUCCUGUAAGAGAAGGGACUCUGCAGGUGGGCAGUGUAAUUGUCAUUCAGGCAGGGUAUAUUAUCCUGUUACAUACAGUACAAUAGGCCCCCCUUGAUAGAUUCUAGUCCAUAGGGUGCUAAGUGGCAAUAGUUAGUUGCCCACUCUCAGUAUGUGCCAUGAGAGAUGGUGUAUAGCUACUGUCAGCAAUGACAGGAGGAAGAAGCUCCAUUAAAGGAGGAUUCUCCAAGA